CCCAUCGUCCCGCCGCUUCUUCGCAACGCACCUCCGCCAUGGCGGUGCGCAACGUGACGCUCGAAAUGAAGGCGGCGAAGGAUGCGUUGAGCACCGAAGAAGCCACCCUGCAGGUGGCUCAGCAGAAGCUGGGGCACUUGGAGCAGAUGCUGCCGACCAAUCAGUUCGCCCUUGCAAUGGUGGAGUGGGAGGCUGGAGCGGCGAAGGAGAAAGCCCUCUGGCGCCUUCAGAAAGCACAGCAGCAGCUCUCUGCGUCGACGACGGCGCCGCUGACGGAUCCAGAGAUGGCGCAGUCACAGCGGGCCGUCAAAGUGCUGCAGGAUCGGAUCCUCCGGCAGUCCUUGCGGAAGCCGACGCAAUGGCGACUUCGGACGACCAAGGUCUUUGAGCACGAGCUGGCAAAGAAAAGCAACCAAAUUGAUGAAAGCCGAAUCAUCUAUGAACAGACCAGGAUGGCGAAGGAAGAUGUGGCGCUGACUGCGGCUCAGAUGGUGCGAGCCGAGGAAGAUGCGAAGAAGGAGAAGGAGCGGCUGGUUGCAAAAGUGGCCCAGUUGGAGGAAGAUAUCGGCAAUCAACAGCAGAGUGUGCAGAAACAGGAGGACGUGGUGGCCCGAGCAACCUCCAAGGUUCAACAGUUGCGGGAAGAACUGACGCUGCACGGCGAAGCUGCGGUGCUGGCGAAGAUCUUGCGCCGCGCCACGCUGCCGGAGGGGCCCAACUUGCCAAGGCGAGCCAUGCAGCUGGCGAAGCAGAUGAAGAUGGACUGGUGCUGCAUCACCGCCUCUGCCGAUGGCAAGGCGACUUCCGUGAGUAUCGCGGAGUUCAUGGACACGCCGGAGUGUGGCAAAGUGAAAGAGCUUGCGGAGGCCUAUGGCGCACGAAACGACUUCGAGUUCGUCUUCUGGUUUCCAUCCAACGAAAUCCAGGCGGGCCGUUACUUGCGCCUGAGCGCGCAAUUGUGGCCCAAGCUGAACAGUCCGUUGUACAAGAACCCCCCCACGCAGCUGAAUUUCUUCGAGCUGCUCCGCGCUUCGUUGGGGGAUUCUCAGUUCAACGACGUGUGGUUGGUGCCGGAGGCGCCCCACUUCCACCAGAAAGCCUUAGGCUUGGACCGGAUGACGGACUUUGUACCACCCCAGGCCGUGGCACCUCAGCUGCGGCCCUACCAGCUGGCGGGCUUCCGCUGGAUGGCCUGCUUGUGCAAGAACGGCCUGGGUGCCGUGCUGGCGGAUGACAUGGGGCUGGGCAAAACGCUGCAGUGCAUCAGCGUUUUGCUCUACCUGAAGGAGCAGAAGCUAUUGACCAACGAGGAGAACCAGAAAUGCCCUGCCCUGGUGGUGGUGCCUCCAGGUCUUCUGCAGAACUGGCAGCGGGAGUUCCAGCGCUGGGCCCCGACGCUGAGCUUCUACGUCUACCAUGGGCCCAAACGGAGCUUGCCGCUGAACAAGGGCCGGGACUACGAUCUGCUGCUGACCACCUACGAAAUGGUGCGCAACGACCGUGAGAAGUUUGCGGAUGCCCAAAGCAUCUGCUUCUCCGGUAUGGUGAUCGAUGAAGCCCAGAAGAUCAAGAAUCAUGGCGCGCUGGUCUCAAAAGCCGUGAAGGAAGUCGGCAAUGCCAUUGGGCACACCCGCAUCGCACUGUCAGGCACGCCGAUUGAAAACAAAGUGGACGAGCUGCACAGCAUUUUCGACUUUGUCAACUACGGCUACCUCGGGGACCAGGAGAACUUCGCGAGGACAUUCUCACGCAUCAUCGAGAAAGGACGGGAUCCUCAGAAGAAGAACGAAAGCCUGCAGCUGCUGAAGAGGCUCACCACCCCGUUUCAGAUGCGUCGUCUCAAGACGGAUCCCAACAUCCUGCCGGAUCUGCCUGACAAGAUCGACAUUUCUUCGACCACCAACCUGACCAAAGAGCAGGAGAAGCUCUAUGUCGCGAUCCAGGAGGAUUUUAGGAGCACGAUGACACAAUCCAGGGAGACCGCGGGAACAAACCACGCCUUCCAGAGGCGCGGUCACAUCUUCGCCAUGCUGGAGCAGGUGCGUCGCGUUUGCUCCCAUCCCUUGUGUUUGGACAAGGAAAGAUAUCCCCAGUCCUGUAAGAACAUGGCGGUGCAGCAGCGUGUGGAAAGCAGCGGCAAGACUUCGCGCUUGGUUGAGCUGUUGGAGGAGAUCCUGCCUGCCAAAGAGAAGGCCGUGGUCUUCGCAACGCGUAAAGAUAUCAUCAGUGUGUUGGAAAAGCUGAUCCGUGAUCGCUUCAAGUUCACCAACGUGCUCAUCUUCACAGGCGACCUCUCCUUCCAGGAGCGCUCUCGGGUGGAGAACAGGUUCCAGACCGAUCCCACGUGCCAAGUCUUGCUGAUCACGUUGCAGUGUGGAGGAAUUGGCUUGAACCUGACGGCCGCCAACCACGUGAUCCACUUUGAUCGCUGCUACAACCCGGCAAAGGAAGCGCAGGCCACCGAUCGAUGCCACCGUUUGGGGCAGAAGCGUUCUGUCUGUGUCCAUCGGCUGAUCACUGAAGGAACCUACGAGGAGCAGCUGGAGAAGAUCAUGGCACGGAAGCAAGACCUGUCCUCUCUGACGGUGACAAGGGCAGAAGAUUGGAUCGCAGACUAUGAUGACGAGGCCUUGUUUGACCUCUUCAUGCUGCGCACCGGCAGCGCGCGCCGCCAAAAUGCUCCACUGCAGACACCACCUAGGGCCCCGGCCAUCGCUGCGCAUGCCACGAUGUCGGCACCCAAGCGACUCGCCCCCACGACCACGUCGCCGGCCAAGAAGCCGCGAGGAAAAUGAUGCCAGGCGCUGUGGAUGGCAUGGGGCAUGUUCUGAGUGCGAAGGUGUGUCCUGGCACAGCGAAGAACUUGUGUAGACCGAAGCAAGGCUGCAAAAAAGGCCGGUGAACCAAACCGAACCUCCUAUGCUU